AUGGAAAAAUUUGCCAACAAGUGCACCCCAGGAUUGUUCAACCGUGCCUUGUGUCUAGUCAAGAAUGAUGAAAAACAACAGCUUUCUAAGAAAAGACAUGAAAUACUGAGACUGCGAGUUGUGGCACUGCUUCAUCAGCUGUCUUACUUUAGAAACCAAGUGUGUAUAAUAAUAAUAAAAAAUAAAAUAAAUAAUAAUACUAAUAAUGAUAAUGGUAAUGAUAAUGAUAAUAAUAAUAAUAGUAAUAAUAAUAAUAGUAAUAAUGAUUUAAUAAUAAUAAAAACAAAACUUUAUUCAUAGAUUUAAAAAAAAAAAUAGACUAUAAUAUUAAUAAUAAUAAUAAUAAUAGCAGGAACCAUACUUUAGGAAGACACUUAAAUUAAAUUAAACACUAUGGUGUGUAAUAGACAUAAGUGUUGCUUGUUUGUUUUCAACAGAAAAACAAUCCCUUACAACAAGAUUGUGGGUUGCACUUGUCCUUUCAUGGUGCCAGUGAUGAUGCUUUGACAGCUGGCUCACUUCUGGGGUUUAGCACUCACCCGAGAAGUGUGCUAAAUCAUAAAAAAAGGAUUGUCUGGAAAAAGCAUUCACAAGACACAAGCGAUCGUUGA